CGCUCACGCGCUCCUCGGCUCUCAUUCUCUAGAAGAUGGCGGACUGCGUUUCGCUGUUAGAUGAGGAGCUCUCUUCCUUCGUCUUCAAUUACCUGACAGAAAACUCCGGGAGCCCGGCAUGUGUGGUGUUCUAUGCACAUCACUCUACAUCUUCGUAAUGAAAAGAGCCCAAAUGUCAUCCACUUUGCAGAGAAAAUGAGCGAAUGCAGCCUUGAUGGCUGUCUGAAGCUGGCAGAUUGUCUCUCUGCUUCCCUGCUCCUCCCUUAUCGGUCAUCCCAGACACCACAGGCGGGAAACGUCGUAGCCUGGGAUUGGAAUCUCACGCUUUAUGGGGAGGAGGAGGUGUGCUCAGACCGCCUGGACACUGAUUUCCCCGACUUCGACCUCUCUCAGCUGGACAGCGACUUUGACUCCGUGAACUGCCUCAGUGAGCUAAACUGGUGCAAUGACCACUCAGACAGCUCCCCCGCCUCCAUACAGUACAGCGCAGGGGACACCGAGCUCUUCGAGACGGAAGAGGAGAAUGCGGCGCUGCUCGCCGCUCUCACAGACAGCCUGGAUGGCAUUGUGGAGGACGGGGUGGGGGGGCUGUCCGUGUUCCCCUCGCUGGGUGAAGACCCUGAGGAGGAGGAGGAGGACGAGGAAGACGAACUCUUUUUGGAAAGUGAGCCUGUCCAAGGCUCGCUGAGCCCAGAGACAGAAGACCCGUCUCUACUGAAAAAGCUCCUGCUGUCCCCCCCAAAUGUGCCUGUGGGUCUGGACUCAAACAGGUUGAGCAGCGCGCUCAGUAAGACUCAGCAACUCAAGUCUGCCCGUCCUUUUCUGAAGAGGGACAGAGCAUACACAGUGGAGAGGAAACCGCGAGCGUUCAGGCCUGUUGGCCAUCUCUGCACUGAGCUGCAACGCCACCUCACCCAGGAGGCCAACACCGAGGACACACAUGCAGCUGAUACCGAGGAGGAGGAGGAAGAAGAGGAAGAUGAGGACAGUGACUCGGAGGAUGAGGAGGGGGAGGAUGAAGGAGAAGAGGAGUCUUCAUCCAGCAGCGAGGUGGAGAGUACCAUGUGCGCCGAGCCGCUCGAACCUCAGUUCCCCUUGGAGAAGGAGCGUCACUCUGUGGUGGAGCUGAUCCGCUACAUGCACACGUACUGUGUACCAUCACGCAAGCAGGCCAGCUGGGACCGCAAAGAUCGUGAAAACGUGACACGCAAGACCAAGCCUGAAAACCCUGCAAUUCCUCGUAAUGCCACCUCUAGCUGUUCUAAACCUGCCACUCACCCCGCGACCCUCUCCAACAGCAGCACCAGUAGAGGAACUAAACCCAAGAUUCCUUUUGUACGCCGUCGAGAAACUAAAGCGCACUCUUUGCUUAAGGAGCUGCUGGAGGCUGUCGCUUCCUUUGAUGUGAGCAAGCCUUACAGACUGCACAGCCCCCCGUAUAGCCACAGCAGGACCACCGCAGCACGGCCCAAAGCUGAGCACAAAGACACGAGCAUCAUCGAAGGCUCUCAGGUGGCUGCCAAGCGGUCUAAAUGGCCCGAAAUUGAUGAGGGCUCAUUUUCGGUGCGCCGCUCCCGCCGCUUAGCCUCCUUCCCAAGCCGAUUUGCAAAAAGAGCACGUUCGAGUGGACACUCCAGUGAGGAGGAGAGCUCAGUCCACCACCCUGCCAUGGAUUCCCCUGCUGAAGACAGCAUUGAGAAAGCAGACUCCCAAAAGAGCCCUGAAACCCCAAACCUCUGCUGUAAUGACGAGAAGCGUGCCUGCCUCUGCCUGCCGCUGACUCCUAAAUCCACAGGAGAUCCAAGCAGGCCCUUUGAGCAGAAUCUCUGCGUGGAACUGUGCGGCACUGCAGGACUCACCCCACCCACAACACCACCCCAUAAACCUGUUGAAGAGGAGCUCUUCAAGCCUGAGGUCAAGGCCGAACUCCCCAGCAAGGGCAUGUGUCCAGUGCGGACACACCUGCGGAAGCUUCCGGAACAGACGGAGCUGUAUGCCCAGCUGCGGCGCAUGGGCCCGACGGGCGAGAUCCAGAGCAAGGGCGCCUACAGAGACCAUGACUACUGCAUGCUAAACUUAGGGGAGAGCCACAAAAGGAUUGCUGCCAUCCUCCCAGUACCUGUCUGCUACACCAAGGUCCAGGAGGAAGAGGAGGACCAGAUGGGGGAGAAAAACAGGCAGGAGGAGACUGAGGCCCAGCAGGCUGAUUUGCCCCCAGACUUCUCCCCACACCAACCUGCAGAGACAGGACAACCCUCUCCUGCCUCCUCACCCACUCCCGAGGCUGAUGCUGAGUGCCCAGACUCAUGCCGGCCACCUUCACCCUGCCAUCAGAUCAACCUCAGUUGCGAGAGCCACUGUGACAAGCAGAGCAAUAUCACUACACAUGGACAAGAGGAAGAUGGGGACAAGUGCCAAGUAUUGUACAUUCACAAUCUGCCGAUCAGCGUCACACAGGCUGUCCUGCGCAAACGCUUCAAGGCCUUUGGCGAACCAGAGGACUGCCGGGUGCUCGUCAAAAAAGAGGAGCGCUGUGGAGUCAUCACUUUUAGGCAGAAUCAGAAUGAGCCGAGUCUGAAGCACAGGCGACAUGACUCUGUGGGGCAGUAUGCUGGAAAUGGCAGUCGGAGGUUCAGCAGGAAGCGGUACAUAGAUCUGGAUGAGGCAGGACCAGGCCCAGUGAAGAGCAAGUAUGACGCUCUGGACUUUGACACUUUGCUUAAGGAGGCCCAGAGGAGUCUACACCGCUGAUACGCCUUACUGACAGCUCAGCGAUCCUCAUUCCUGAGCCACCUCACAACCUCAGCCCAGACUCCUCCUCAUGUUUACAUUUUCGAACAUUGAAAUCGGGGAAACAAAAUUGGACCUUCUUAUUGAGGCCGGAGUGCUGCUGGGGCAUGAGGACGAAACCGAGAAAUGAAACAACAAUAGAAAGAAGUGUGUGGACGUCAAACACUAGUGGCCUCUGAGCGGCCCUGGUUUCUGUAGCAAACCCUUGCCCUCUCCGUUUGGUCGUUGUGACGUCUGUACGUGUGUUGCUUUUUUCGCUUCUUUUUUUGUAAACUUUUGUCACUUUUUCGGUGGAACUGCAACUCACCAUUUUGUCGUACAAAUAUAUAAACGAUAAUUGCUUUAUAUUAGCAAAGCGUUGUGGAUGUUCAACUGUGUGUUACAAUGACAAAAAAGUGUGGGGGAAACAAACAACAACAAAAAAAAACUCAUAGAGUUUACAAAUCAAAAAGAACAAAAAAAAAAUCUGUCUCUUUUUUUUUGUCAUUUUAGUGCUUCCUUAUUUCAUCUAUGCACUCAAACGAGGUAGCGCUUGUGGUUUUCUUGCCUCUCCCCUCCUUCUAUGGCUGGGUUCUUGCUGCUGGCUGCCACAUAUAACAAGCAAUGGAGCCCGAAGACCUAACCAACUUUACUGUACCACUACUGUACAACUGCACCAUUCACAUUUACUCAGCACAUUCAUAAUGCUUUCAGUGUGUCAGGUUCUAGGUAUGCAAUCAGUGCGCUUGGAUGCAUAGUGUCCUUUUUAGAAUGAAGGAAAAAAACAAUGACCAUUAACGUUAAAAAAAGACUCUCAAAGGAAAAUUUGGACUCUCAGUAGACUGUAUCCCUCAAGGAUAUGAAUGUUGAUCAGUAUCAGCUAGUUACACAUCCCAUCAACUCAAUAGCCAUUGGACUACAGAUGAGUGUCUACGGGUAGAGAGAAGGGCCAUGGAAAUCCGGGAGGAAGUUAUUACUAAAGCUCAAUCUCCCGAGAGGUACCAGUGUAUCUCUAUGUUGUUUACAUCUCCCUCUCUCACAUGCUCUCUCUAUACUCAGUUUUUCUACUCUCUCCUAUAUAAUAGGGGAAGGUCUUCGGGUUUUUCUAGCUCUUGCCUCGUACUUUAAACUCUUAAUCGUUCUCUGUCUGUGUUUGGAGUGUAAAAGUGUACCCACGUAUAUCUGAUUGUGCCGUCUCUGUGUUUCCUCGGGUCCCGGGAUGGGCUUGGCCCCAAGUUUCAUGAACCUGGGAGACAGUCACUCUCUGCUUUGUAUUUGUUUUUUUUUAAAUAUGGGGGUUUUGAUUCUAUCCUGUAGAUCCUGUAUAGUGGAGCCAUGUGCUUUUAAGUGUGUGCGUGUGCGUGUGUGUGUGUGUGUGUGUGUGUGUGUUUCUUAUGCAUGAUCCCUGCCUCACCUAUUUUAACCAAUCACCUCCUCAGUAACACACCAGGAAACUGAAUGUUUACAUCAUUUGAAUCCUUCUUUGACUUUAAUCGAGCGCACACUAAGUACAACACGCCUUAUUCAGCGUUAAGGCUACUCUAUCAGGAUGUGCCUUUUUGGCCGACCCUAGAUAUUUGUUCGUACACACUCUUUUCGUAGAACCUACACCGUUUUAAAAUAAAAACCCGAAUGAGUUUUUUGUUCUUAGUACAUAUACUACUGAAGGAGGAUGUGCUGUUUACAUGACUAUAUAUAGAUCUAUAUAUACAUGGGUAUAUAAUCUGUACAUAGCCCUGUGUCUAAUGUAAACAUGACUUGUAUGGUUGUAUGUUGUACAGCGAUGUGUUCACAUGUGUGUUCAAAAACUGGGGUGUCAGGUUGCCUGCUAGGGCAAAGGUGUAUUAAUGGUGCAAGCACGUGAUGAGGAUUUAAGUUGAGCAAUACAGGGAAGCACGAAAAGGGACGUGGCUUCAAAAGUCAGACUCUGUUGUAAAAAAGUAUCCCUUUAGAAGAUGAUAAUGAGCUAUUUUCUGUUCUUGCUUAUUUUUAAUUAUUGUAUUUAAAAAAAAAACAGAUUUAAGAUGCAAUACAUGUUAUCAGAGACAGUCUUUCUCCUAAAUGAAAGGAUUUAUUCUGAAAAUUACUUGGCAGUCUUUGAGAUGAGAUCCUGUUCUGUAUGUCACAGUGAAAUACUGAUUGAGAACUGGACUGUAGUAUCACUAACAGCUUCUCAUUUUACUAAUCUGCAAGAUGUAGAUUAGUACCCUUGACUUUGGGUGCCGUGUAUAAUAUUGCCACCAAAAAUCCCUCUCACACAGUGGUGAACUUGUACGAUUUGGAUUUAUGACUGUGUGUGUGUGCGCAUGAGUGUGUGCGAGUGUAUGUCAUCGGACUGCUGGAGUGGGGGAUUGUUGGUCAGUAUUCAGACACUCUAAUGGGUCAAAUGAAGGUCUUGCAGACAGUCUCGUCAGGAGAGCCUUAAACCAACGGUCGGGGAAACAGCUAUUAAGCUUUUAUUAAUAAUAUCUACUGUCCUUUUAAAAGUCCAAUCUGUUUUCUUAAGUGAACUUUUUCAAUACAGCCAUACAAAAAGUUAUAUAGAGUACAUAUAUAUGAAUCUAUAUGUAUUUGUGUUGGUGUAGAUAAAUAUAUAUAUAUAUAUAUAUAUAAAUAUAUAUAGAAGAUAUAAUUUCUUAUAGAAUUUUGACCAUUUAUUCAGCUUUUGAAAGCACUUCAAUACAUUUUAACAUAUGGUGUCAAUCUAGAAUAUACAGACUGAGAUAAUCAAAAUAAAAAGAUUUUUAAAAAAAACUCCCAAAGGGAACCCUCUUUAAAUGCAAUACAUCUCCAUUUUAGCAAUCACUAUUUGACCAAAAAGUAUACUUAAUGUAUGUAUAGGAAAAGUGCAGUACCACAUUGAAUCUGUCUCAUGAGUGAAUGUCAUGACCGGCUUUCUUGGCCCUGGUGUGUAUGAGAGCAUCUGUGUUGUCAUUGCUACAAUAAGAAGUGUAAGGAAAGAGACAAAUCUUCUCACUUUAUAACAAUGUCACAUCCUUGGUCAGAAAAUAUUGCAAUAUUGGAAAAUAUUUGUCAACUAAAUCACGAUUGUUUUAUCAAAACAAAUAUUUAUAUACGCUACAUCAUGAUCAUAAAUAUCAAAAUUCAGUCCCGUUUUGUGUUUAUUUUGUGCCGAAGCGUCAGAGAACAAGGCGUCUGAUGUCUUUGUGAAUCCAUGAAGCCAGUGAUGGAUGUAGUCUUGCUGCUUCAGUAUCGUGUGUUUGGUGGAAACAAAAUCAGCAUCAAAGGGCAUACAUUGAUUUCUUUCUUGUUUCAUUUCUAUCGAUAUUUUUUUUCCCUUUACAUCUAAUGACUAUCAAACUCACUAUGAUUUUCCUUUUUUUAAUGUAGUUUUUUGGAAUAUGGUAAAUACUUCUAGUAAGAUUUUCUAUUUUUACAUAUAUUGUUUUAUUUUUAGGUUUUUUUUUCUUUUGGGUUUUUAAAUUUUAUUUAUAUGUCACUUAGCUUGAAUGUCUUUUAAUGGUGUUUUUUUCCCUUUAUAUUGUGUGAUUUCAUAUGUCUUGAGAAUGGAGACAAAUGCAUUUCAGUAUUUUUGAAUUGUUGAAAUCUAGUUUCACAGAUUAUCUAUAUGGUGGAAAUUAUCUGAUGUUAUAAAUUAUAUUUUAAUUCAUGUAAAUAGUUGGGGAAAAAAAGAUGAUGGCUUCCUUUUAAACUGAAUACAUUUCUCUUCUGAGAUUGUUUACAUUAUUAAACUAUAGAAACUGAUCCUCAUAUACUGUAAAAAAAAACAACAACAAACAAAAAAAAAAACAACUGACAUAUAUUCAUUGAUUUGGCUCCAGACAAUAAAAAACGUCCUAAUGAACA